CGCAAACCCGAAUCUCAACUCUGGUGGCAGCAUAAGACAACUUAUAGAAUUUAUGUCAGAAGUUUCCAAGACAGUGGUGAUGACGGAGUUGGAGAUCUGAAAGGAAUUACACAAAGGCUUGGUUAUUUGAAAGAUCUUGGUGUUGGAGCUCUAUCACUGAGUCCUAUCUACAAACAAGCAUCAGGAAAGGAUUCAGAUUUUGAUAUCAUCGACCAUAAAGCUAUCAAUCCAGAAUAUGGAACAAUGCAGGACUUUCAGGAGCUUGUUAACAUGACCAAGAAACAUGGAAUGUACUUGUUGAUGGAUUUUGUACCAGGCUUCACUAGUGAUGAACAUGAAUGGUUUGUCAUGUCUAAAAAUAGUAGCGACAGAACCAAUAAAAUGAGAAACUUCUAUGUUUGGGAAGAUGGUAAUGGAGGUCCGCCAUCAAAUUGGGUAUCAAUCUAUAACGGUUCAGCCUGGAAAUUAGAUGAUGGAAGAGGACAGUACUAUUUGCAUCAGAGAGAAGAGAGUCAGCCCGAUCUUAACCUCAGAUCUUAUGCUGUUAAUAAGGAACUCACAAAUAUAAUGAAAUAUUGGUUAGAUUUAGGUGUUGAUGGUUUCUAUAUUAGAGAUAGUGGUUGGCUAUUAGAAGACUAUGAUUUACGAGAUGAACCGAAGUCAAAUUCCACCAUAUCUGCUAGUCCGAAUGAUUAUGAUUAUUACGACCACAUCUACACUUAUGCCCGACCAGAGAAUAAUGAUCUGUUUGCAAGAUGGCGGCACUUCAUGGAUGGCUAUGGUAACAAAACCGGAAGCUACAAAUUAUUAUUUGCUGAUGUUAACGGUGAUAUUGAAACUAAUAUGGAUUACUAUGGGAUGUAUAAUCGAGAUGGUGUGGAUUUUCCACUUAAUAAACACUUUCAAAUGAUUCAGAAUGGCACUGACAUCCAGACCAUCUACUCUAGGAUUAAAUCAUGGAUUGAUCAUAUACCGUCUGGACGAUGGAGUAACUGGAUGGAAGGUGACGAAAAUACUGGACGAAUGGCAAACAGAAGACCAAAACUCAACAGACCAAUGUUGUUUUUAACCAUGUUGUUACCAGGAACGCCAUUUGUUUACUAUGGUGACGAACUUGAAAUGACCAACUCUCAGGAUUCCCCUACAAAUGGAUGGUCACGCAAUCAAGUAAUGAGAGCACCUAUGCAGUGGAAUAAUUCUAGUUCUGCCGGUUUCUGUCAAAACUGUUCGUCAACGUGGAAACCAAUUAACACAGACGCUGCUAACAAUUCUGUAAUGGUGCUGUCAAAAGAUCCCAAUUCAAUGUUAACGCUGUUUAAGAACCUCACAAGUAUCCGAAAUAAACCCUCUUUCAAACAUGGCGACUUUAAACUUUUUCGGCUCAGUGGUUCAAUAAUCUCCUUUAUUAAAGAGUUCGAUGGAGAGACUGGUUAUCUCAUCGCUGUAAAUGUUGGAAGUUCUUCAUCAACCAUUGAUCUUAGUGGUAAACACGACACCUUGCCAGAGACCACCACCGUG